UCGAAAAUUAGGACAGACAGAAAAGAGAAAUAAAUCACUGAUCUCGAAAUCAUCGCUAGAAAGAGCCCAUUUGAAAUACUUAAACUGAUCAAGGUGAGAAAGCUCUUCAGGUGGGUGUGUGAUCAUCCGACAAUAAAAAUCAAAAUUAAGAAGCACAUCCCAAUUAUCACGGGAUUCAAGGAUUGAAUCCACAGAAACAGAAUUAUGUGUAUAACAUCUUUUGCUCCCCUCUUUCGGUGUUGAAGGUUCUCCCUCUUUUUCUCUUUCGCGUGCUUCAUUUGUAUUUCAAACUCCAGAAAAACAGUAGGUACCCCCUCCUCUAUUUUGCUACUCUUUGCUAUACAUAUAUUUUUGUUUUUGCUUUUCUGUGGUGUCAAAUUUUUUAAUUAUCCGCCGCCUUAAAAAAAAUGACCAAAAAUUUGGGUGGGGACAACCCUUCUUCUCAGCCUUCUGGGUUUACCGGUUGGAGUGUUCCUCAAGAGAGUAAUUGUAGUUGGGCCCGGGAGGAGCCGUACUCUCAAUCUAAUUUAAGACGGACUGCCAUUCGUGAGGUUUAUGACGAGGGUUUGAAUCAGGCUGAGAGGGAGCGUUGUUAUGCCCUACAUCAUCUGCGGGCUCGAAUGAUACGGGAAAUGAGGUCUCAUGAGCAUCCUAUUCCGGCUUCUGAGCCUGCUUUAGAUGUUUCUCCCCUUUCGGUGCGGUAUUAUAUUCGUGAUUACCGGGAAUUCUUGGAUUCCGCCGGCAGUGGCCACGGGCAGUAUGGAACUAAUACUGGCAACUUCGGUGUUUCUUUUGGUCAGGCUGAUAGGAUGGCUUCCGAACAACCGGCUAGCACUAGUGGCCGCCGCCCUGGUAAAGAGCCUGUUAAUGAUGAUAUUGAUAUGGCUACCGGCGAAUACUCCGAUGGUGAUUCCAUCUUCGAGGAUUCCGCCGGCAAGGAUGUUGAUGAUCAUAGGGGUGAUGAUGGUGAUGAUGCUGGCGUUUCUGGUAGGAAUGACGCAGACACUGGAGACGACGGUAUUGGUUCAGAUGAUGACGAUCCGGCCGACGUGAUAGUCGCUGAAGUUCUUGCGGAUGAGGCUAAAGAGCAGCCUUAUUUUACCGACGACUCCACGGAUGUUCAUAGGAAAGAAGAACUCCCUCCCUUAAAAAGUCUUCCUCGUACAACCGCGAUUUUGACGUCUUGGCGCGAUCUGAUCAUAAAGAAGAAUCAUGUGGUUCAUGGAGGGACUUUUCUUGGAUUGCCGGCUGAGUAUAAGCUGGUAGUGCCGGAUGAAGGUGCAACUAUAUUUGACUGUCCUCCCGGCCAUAUUGCUGUGUAUGCGAAGCAUUUCGAUUUUGGGCUUAGCUUUCCUCUGCACCCUUUUGUUGAGAAAAUAUUCCGGGCUUGGAAUGUCUGCUUGGCCCAAGUUACCCCUACUACCAUCAGAACUGUUAUCUCAUAUGCCUGGUUGUGUUUGUUUAAACAAUGGCCGCUGACGUUGAAUUUAUUCAAGCGGCUGUUAUGGUUGAAGAAGGAUGGAGAGACGGGGUGGAUGUCGGCGUAUAGCGCAACGAAGAGAAAGACUGUGCAUCCUCCUUUGUCGAGCUGUAAAGAUUGGCAGGAUCGCUUUUACUUCGUUCAAGUUCCUGACGGCUUUUUACUCCGACGGACUUUUACUAAACCCCGGCCUCGAAUGGAGCAGUAUAACCAGCGUGGUUUGGGCCGGCGGGAGAGAAAGGCUUUUGAUUAUUUGGCGUGUGACAUUUUAGAUGUCGGCCUCAGCAAAAAGCAGGCUGUUAAUCGGAAUUGGCUCCCUAAUGCCUAUUAUAUUUUGGGUAAUCAACCCUUGUCCGCUGUCGGCCUUUGCAACACCCACUGCUUUGGUAAACAUAUUUUUAGCUGA